AUGCUUCCGGGUGGAGUGAUGAUGAUCACAGGCGGUUACCAUAUAUCACAGUCAACGAAACGUUCUAUAACUGGCACGGAAGUUAACUCAGAAACUUUGAUGUACAACGUUACUUCGGGUAAAUGGGUUUCCUCCUACUCAAACCCAGGGCCUUCAUCAGAUGGCGAAUCCAGAUCGUCUGUAUCCCGCAGAGCUGGGCUUGGUGUCGGACUCGGCUUAGGUAUUCCCAUUGUCGCUGGGGCGGCUGCUGUCUUUCUUUGGUUCUACUUCCGGCGACGGCGAGUACGUCGAGCUCGAAACCAGAUGCUCCGCGAACUCUCCUUAGGCACAGAACGUUCUAUUUUUUGGAGUCCAGAAGAGUCUCAUCUGACUGGCAGUACUCACAGACCUUCCGAGAUUAUGGCUGAAAGAACAGGCCUUCUAAGAGAAACAUCUUGUCCCAUUAAAAACGAGCGGCUGCCUUUGAAUGCAAGAAUGUACCAGCCUCCGUCGCAACGUAACAAUGAGUAUAGGCGAAGUGACGGGACCGGCGACAUGCAUCCGAUUGAUGAAGAAGAUGAGGCACAUGGUGUGGCAGGUGGAGAUAGCACUAUUUGCAGGGCCGUUCAUCACAGCAGCACCGUUUUAUUGCCAAAGACGACUCGUACAGAGCCUUCUCCUGAGGGAGUUACGGCCUUUGCAACGAGUAUCGGUCGAACCAACGAGAGACAAUCUUCGGAGCACGACGACAGAACAUCUUCAAACCUUUCGGGCUCAUCGAGGUCGGCCGCUCCGCAGUCUCACGGUAUUAUGGACAACCAUCCGAGCCAGCCAAGCAGUGGGCGUGAAUCCCCAGAUAAAUCGAGUUCUGCAUCCAAUCAGAGUCGUGACACUUGGAGCCGACCCAACAGUACUGUGAUCUCCCAUGAACGCCGGUCUUCUGAUUCGUUUUCAACUGCCCAUACGACGAUUUCACAACGACAAGCAGAAGGCGAACAUCUACUACGAAACGACCCUGAACCCUCCUCCCCAACUGAUCUCAUACCAAGACCCCUCUCUAUCUCAAAACCGAGGGCUGAGUGGAUCGGCAACGUCCGACGAGUGCUCUCUAUGACUCGAAAGCGACCCCAGUCAUCUGAAGACGGCAGUGUUGCAUCUACGGCUUCGGGUAUCGAUAGGAGAAGUGCCGUGCUUGGACCCGCAGGUCUUUGCAAUAUUGUUUCACGUGAGUUGACGGGGAGGAUGACACGCGAUGACUUCGGGUUGGAUGGUGUACUAGAUCUCGAUGAUGAUGACUGGGAUGUGGAGGGCGCAGCAGAGAACCGACGCGUCCAAGUCACCUUUACCGUGCCGAAAGAGAAGCUGCGAGUUGUCAAUGCUACGGCCAAUGAUAUGGAUAACAUCAGUGAGGCAUCCAAGGUCGCUGUCUUUGAAGGUUGGGUUGGUUGGAGUACCAGCGUUCUUGCCAACCAACAAUUGGCUAUCCUCUAA